UAAUUCACUUUUCAGGCUGUAGAUUUACCAGGUCUUGUAGUAAUAGGAACUAUGUUUAUAGUAUAUACAUAUACAAUACAAUACUUGUGUCUCCAAUGUGAAUUCUUCUUCAGAGAAAUAAAAGUAGUUAAAAGUUUAUCAAUUACUCUAAUGUCGAUACAUCAGAAUGGGCCAAUGCGAGAAAAGGCUAAGAAGAUGUACAAGAUACUAGAGGAAACUCCACCGAGGUUAAUAAUUUACGACAUGUGGCAUAUGGAUGCGAAACUUUCACUAAAAAUUAUAUAUUUAUUUAGUGGGCUAUUUGUAACAAUACUGCAGUUUGCGUAUCUGUGAAUUAAGCAUACGGGAUUAUAGCAUUAAAAUUAUAUUUAAAAAAUACAAAACUUUAUUUACACCUACCUAAUCAUAAUAAGUGCUGUAGAAUAAACCAGCUCUGAAGAGCAGUAUAUAUCCUGAACUUCAAUAAAUUAGUCUAUGUUUUUCACAGACCAUGUUUGUGAUGAUUCUUUUAGGGUUGCGUCAAUGGAAUUAAAUUAAGUCUUUAUUGCUUUUCCCAUAAUAAGUACAGCUAGGUAAUGGGACUAAAAUAUAUAUAAAUAAUACUUCUACGACUUUCAUACUAGUUGGGGUAGUCAGAGGCACUGUCAACUGAUCGAUGACUGCAUUGAACUAUUGAAAGAUAACUUUGAAAGAUUUUAACAUAGUGGCAGUAAACUAUA